UGUUUCUGGGCGGAGCCAGCAGCUUGCAGAAGGCUGUGCACAGCAAGGUAGGGUCUGGUUCCCAGUUUUACUGUCCUCACCACUGCGGCCCGCACACAGCGUCAUGGACCAGCAGCCGCCCGACGUUGAGGAGGACGAUUGUCUUUCUGAAUACCACCACCUCUUCUGCCCGGACCUUCUUCAGGAUAAGGUAGCCUUUAUUACAGGUGGUGGUUCUGGGAUUGGCUUCCGGAUCGCUGAGAUUUUCAUGAGGCAUGGCUGCCACACUGUCAUCGUCAGCAGGACUCUGCCAAGAGUGUCCACGGUGAGAGGAAGGCUGUGGGGAUAAGAACACCAAAACCUGUUUCUUCUUGUGUAGAGGAACUCAGUGAAAAUGGACCCUCCUGGAUACCCUUGACUUUUUUGUUUGUUUCUUUGUUUUGGUUUUUCGAGACAGGGUUCCCCUGUGUACUUUUGGUGUCCUUCCUGGAUCUCACUCUGUAGACCAGGCUGGCCUCGAACUCACAGAGAUCCGCCUGGCUUUGCCUCCCGAGUGCUGGGGUUAAAGGCGUGUGCCACCACUGCCCAGCCUCGAAAACCUUGACGUUUUGGAAGUUUGGCUAUUGGGUCAUGUUUUUAGAAGUAAUAUGGUUCCAGAAUUAUUCAGGAGGAUCACCAGCACUAUGAAGGUCAUCAUCCCACCCAUCUAGGUCCAGGGGAAAUGCCUACAGGGUAGGCAGAAGGUGGGAUCUGGGACAGGUGACAGGUUAUAGAGAAUGCAGGAUGUCUUAGCAACAUCCACCAGGGGUCAUGACCCCAGUGGGUAGCAAUUUGCAAGCCAAGUCUCCCUUGGCAGGGUACCCCGGCAAACUUGGGGUCCUAAUGUAGUGUAUCAUUUCCAUUGAGUUCUAAAGACUGCUUCUCCAGGCCGAGGCUGCUAGCCAACCCUCUUUCUUUCUGCUGCCUAGGCCGCUGGAAAGUUGGUUGCUGCCACCGGAAGGCGGUGCCUCCCUCUAUCUAUGGAUGUUCGAGUUCCCCCGGCUGUCAUGGCUGCUGUGGACCAGGCCCUGAAAGAGUUUGGAAAAAUCGACAUCCUUAUUAACUGUGCAGCUGGAAACUUCUUAUGCCCAGCCAGUGCUUUGUCUUUCAACGCCUUCAAGACUGUGGUUGACAUCGACACCGUUGGCACCUUCAAUGUGUCUCGUGUGCUUUACGAGAAGUUCUUCCGGGACCAUGGAGGAGUGAUUGUGAACAUCACCGCCACUCUCAGUAUGCGGGGGCAGGUGCUGCAGCUCCACGCAGGCACUGCCAAGGCAGCCGUGGAUGCUAUGACGCGACACCUGGCUGUGGAGUGGGGUCCCCAGAAUAUCCGUGUCAACAGCCUGGCUCCUGGUCCCAUCAGUGGCACUGAGGGGAUGCGGCGAUUGGUGGGCCCCCAGGACAGUUUGAAAUUAAAGUAUCUUUCAAACCCUGGGCAAAGACUUGGAAACAAGACAGAGAUCGCCCACAGCGUGCUGUACCUGGCCAGCCCUCUGGCUUCCUAUGUCUCAGGGAUUGUGUUGGUGGUUGAUGGUGGCACCUGGAUGACAUUCCCAAAUGACAUCAAUCAAUUGGUGGAGUUUGAAUCCUUCUCUGCGAAGCUCUAGACAGGAUCGCAUGUAACUCCAGCUCUCUUUAAGCACACUGUGUAGCUGAAGAUGAUUCUGAACACCUGAUUCUCCUGUCUCUACCUGCCAAGUGUUGAAAUGACAAAAAAGCAACUUCGUCCACUUUCUGCAGUGCUGAAGGUCACCCCCAAGGCUUCAUGCAUGUUAAACCAUCACUGUAUCAACCGAACUACAUCCUCUGCCUCAGGAUACAUCUUUUGACACACAAAUAUUGUAUUAUUUUUUAAAUGUAUCCAAGAGGCAGUAUUCUUCAUGGGAAAUGUGUCCAUCCUCACAGAGGUCUAUACUUAAUCAGAAACGUUGAAUGUAAAUUUGGAAAUCCUAGCGGUCUAGUCCUUCUUCUGGGGACCAAGCUGUUUCCACGUUCUGCCUCUCCAAAGCCCACAUCACAGGUGGGCAGGACCAGGUCAUGAGCCUAGCCUGAUGCUUGCUCAUGGUGUCUGAAGGGUUCCUACGAUUUUUGCCAGUAAAUUGCAUUUUCUUUUUAAAUAAUCUUUUUACUAUAAAAAUACCUAUGAGUUGGAAUUUGUAAGUUUCUAGAAAGAAAAUUAAAAAGUUUGAUUCUAUCACUGGA